GUAACGGGAGGAGUUGCUUUAGCCAACGGCGAUGUCUUCUCACAACGGUGGAAGCAGAGACCUAGCUUUGCCAAAUGGAUGGGAGAAGCGUAAAGCUAAAUCCGAUGGCAAAAUUUACUACGUAGACCACAGGAACAGAGUCACAACGUGGAUUCAUCCAAGAGACAAAGACACAAAGCCGUUGUCAUUUGCUGAUUGCAAAGGAAAUGAAUUACCGUAUGGAUGGGAAGAAGGAUACCAUUCAGAGUUUGGAACGUAUUACGUAGAUCAUAUUCGAUGUGUAAAUCAAAUUGAAGAUCCACGACAACAAUGGCGAAAGGAACAGGAACGGUUGUUAAAUGAAUAUGUGCAAGAAGCCCGAGAAACAUUGUUUGCAAAGCAAGAUAUGCUGGCAGUGAAGCAGAUGCGACUAGCUCUUGUUCAAGAUGAUUGCCAAGCUUAUUCAACUCGGUUGCAAGAGUGUGAUAGAAGGCAGUCUGUUGGUCGCCCAGCAAAACAUGAUCCAAGAAAGCUUCGGCAGGAAAUCAAAGCUUGUAAUCACAAGAUUUCACAUCUGAAAGUUGAGGUGGAACGUACAAAAGCAGAAGUAGAAUUUCAGCAUGAAGGAUUGAAAACUUUGGAACGUGUGGAUCAAAAAAUGUCUUCUCAUGGCUCAUAUCAUCUGGAAGAUGCUAAGGCUAUUUUGACAGAAGUGAAAGAUAUCCAACAUGCAUUGCAGACGAGUGAGGUUAAGAAAUCCAAAUUAAUGCUGGCUCUUGCUGAUCUGAGAGAAGACUUAUCACUGAAGGCAGCAGAAAGAGGACGAGACCAAAGGAAAUUAAGCAGAUCAGCAAAGCUUUAUAUGAGUCCUUAUCGUAAGCCUUCACUGAAAGAACAGGAGUAUGAGAAAAUCCAAUUGAGAAUACGAAAACUUGAGAACAGAUUGGCCAGCUUGGACGAACUGUUCUGCUCUGGUGACAGAGACACUGACAGAAUGCUGCUUCUAAGAGAAAAAGAAGAACUUCUUCUAGAUUUAAAGAAAGUGGAUCCAAGUAUGAAGACAGAAGAGGAGCGGAAGCGGCUACAAUUUGAAAAGAUGCGUCUUGAGAAUGAUCUGAAGUCAUCACAAAGUGUGUCACAACGAUUAGUUGAGGAGAGACUUGCUUUACAAGAAGAAAAGUCAGCAUUGCUACUUCAGCUGAGUGAAGCUAACAAAUCAGCUGCACAGCUUGAAGUUCAGCUGCUAAGUGAACAAAGUCGCAGCCUAGCAAGAGCUGACUUACUAAGUCAAGCAGACAGUCAUCAUUCUUUAUUGUCGGACAUAUCCGAUGAUCCAUUUUUUCAGGCUAUACAUAAUAAAAGCGAAGUAAAUGGAGACUUACCGUUUCAAUCAUUGUAUCGAAGAGUUACAAAUAAGAGACCGAGUCAAGUGCUAUCACCAGCUGGUAACCAUUAUGUUAGAGACAUACAGGGACCAGUAAAGCAGAUAAAUCCUGACAUGGAAAAAGCAGAUGUUGAGCAGAAUUUAUCACAGCAAGAAUUGCCAUUGAACUUGACAGACACAGCGACCAAGCCAUUUGGAGGACAUGGGGAUCAAAUUGUUGACACAGAUUUAGAAAAUGUUGCAAGCAGGAUGCAGUCUGAACAAGAACAUCGUUUCAGGAAUAACCGGACUUUUGAAACUGAUGCAGAAUCUAUGCAAUGUGUGUAUGUUGAAGAAAAGUUACACAUUGGGCCAGCGAUGGAAACAGUUGCUGCUUCUCCUUAUGAGACUUCGCAGCAGCCACUUGAAAUUGAAGACUCUCCCAACAGUCCAGAUGAUCCUGAAGAAUUUCUUGACCAAGCUGAAAUAUUUGCAAACACUGAUCCUGCAGUUAUCCCAAUUAUGAAUGAAGUUUUCAAACAAGACUUAAAUGCUGAGGCUCCUCAGCUGCAAGUUGCUAUGAGGUAUGAGAUUGAAAGCCAUCAGCUGCUGGUUUCUGUGUAUGAAGCUCGAAACCUAGACAUUGAAGGCAUGAACAGUGACUGGAAAGUUUAUGUUCAAGCGACUUUCAUUCCCUGUAAAGUAGGCCCAUUCCGCAGUGAACCAGUGGUGUACUCAAUUAGCCACAUGUUUCAUCAUGUAUUUGAAAUUCCAAUUGAACCGGAAUCUCUUCGGGACCAAUCUCUCCAGAUAACGCUUUGGCAUUCUUGUGAAACUGGCAAAGAUGACUGUCUUGGUGGUACUCAAGUUGCCCUUACAGAAUUUACAGAAAUGCCUUAUGUGCCAUCCAAGUGGUAUAAUUUGCUGUCUAUAGAGGAUGUGGAAGAUCUCACAGAGGGGAGAAGAAAGAGAAGGUACUCUCUUUCUGUUCGAAGUCCUUUAGCUGUGAUGAAACAAACAUCUCAGGCAAGACCUAUGCGAAGGACUCAGUCAGUACUAUUCAAGGCCUCAUGCAAAACUCCCAAUGGAAGUCCCAGCAAAUUGCAUGUGAGGCGUCGAAUGACUAAUCCUCCUGCAAUGGAGAAAUAUCUGCAAUUUAGAAAGAAAGAGGAAGUUUCAGAUGAAAUUAUAGCAUCUCAGAAACCAAGGCCAACAUCAAUUGAUUUGGAAUCAGAACUUGAAGCACCAAGGAUAAAACAAACAACAGAGGAGCAAAUGACUACAGAAGCAUCUGAUCGAUGUAAGCAAACGUUUCAGAAGAGUGAUAUAACAAAUUCAGGAGACCUACAAAGUCAUCAAGUUGAUUUUAGGAAGCAGAUGGAGUUUUUCUCUGAAUGCAGAGCUGAUAGUCUACCAGUUUCAACAGAGCUUUCAUAGAUGAAUGUGAGCGGACCUUGAAGCAUGUAGCUGGCUGCCCUAAGUUUGUACUCAUGACAUGACUUUGCAUAUGAAGCAUGUGUCUGCUACUAGUUUUGUGUAAAGUUUACGGUAAAAGUACUUUAGACUCUGCACAUGCAUGCAUGAUAUUGUGCAGUAAUUACUGUUGGAAUAGUAUAACAAAGAAUUGUA